GGUGUCAACAAGAACAAUGCCAUUUUUGGGUCUACUGGCCAGUCCAACACAAGUGACAAUCACCUCCAAGUCUCCCACCAACUCUGCGAGCUUGAGAUCGAAGCUGACCAACAAAAAUGGACGUAGUCCCACCCAAGCCCGGGAUGAUCGACACGUGGCUCAAGAAGCACACUCUGAUCCACACCGGCGCCACCCGGCACCCUUUCAUCCUCGCCAUCCGCGACGGCACCGUCGACAUCUCCGCCUUCAAGCGCUGGCUGAGCCAGGAUUAUAUAUUUGUUCGAGCGUUUGUGCCGUUUGCGGCGAGUUUGGUGGUGAAAGGUUGGAAGAAUUCUGAUGAUAGUGACGGUGACGUGGAAGUCAUACUGAGUGGGCUUGCUGCUUUGAACGAUGAGAUUGACUGGUUCAAGAAACAAGCCUCCAAAUGGGGUGUUGAUCUUUCUGUUGUUGCUCCUCAGCAGCCUGCUCUAGAUUACUGCAGAUUUCUGGAGAAUUUGACAAGUCCUGAGGUCGAGUACACAGUGGCCAUGACGGCCUAUUGGGCCAUUGAAGCUGUGUACCAGGAGAGCUUUGCCCAUUGCUUGGAGGAGGGAUUCAAAACCCGACCGGAACUACAGGAGGUUUGUCACAGAUGGGGCAAUGAUGGCUUUGGUAGCUACUGUUCUGCUAUCCGAAGCAUUGCUGACCGGCUAUUGUUGAAGGCUUCAGAUGAUGAGGUGCGAAAAGCAGAAGUGACAUUCCUGCGUGUUCUUGAAUAUGAGGUUGAAUUCUGGAACAUGAGCCGGGGGAUUCCUAGGUACUAAGUCAUGAGGUUGAAUUGAUCACCACUCUCCUUAUAAAUACUUAAAAGUAUCAUGUCAUGUUCAAGUUGCACCUUUGGACAAGCAAGCUAAUGUUAAUAGAGUAUUGAAAGUUCAAACUAAUAUGCGUAGCAAAGUUGAUCUUGCAGUAAUUUGUAACCAUAUGGUUGUAUGAGGUCGUUGAAUUCGAUUAGCUUUAUGGGGAUGAAUUUGGUGACGAUAAACACUGGACAUCAAGAGCUGUAUAGCAACAGUUGCCAAAGGUGCAUGAAUUGUUGUGUCUCAGACUGAAGUGUCUCUGUUACUGUUCAUGGUUGCUCACAGAUCAGCUAGGUUUGCUCUGCCACUUCUCAAUAUGGUAUUCUGCUGAUUUGCUGGGCUUUUCAAAGCCAUAACAUGUUCGAGUUGGGGUUCUUUCUGUGGCAUUGAGCCUUCCUUGUAACAAAGGGAAUGAGAAGAAAAAGAAACACAAUUCACAUCAAUCCUUCUGUAACUUCAAAAGACGAGGGAAUAACUUUUUUCUUUUUGUCUUUUCUUUCCUCUCCGUGGAUUCAAAGAGCUUAGCAUCUUCUUGAGGUUUGAUUGUGCAGAUAUAUGGAUGAGAAGAAUCAUAUUCUAUCCAUGUAUCCUAAGAACAACAUACUUUGAUGCUCCAUUCCGCCACUUAGGUUCCUUUUCCCUUGGAUUAUAUAUACAGGGACAAAGUUCAUCAGAACGUAUCAAAACUGGAAAAUGGCAUCAGGCCAGCUCUUUCUUAAGCCUCAGAAGCAAGAAGAUUAUAAUAAAUCUAAAGUCAUGAACAUCGAGCAUGAAAAUGUCAAGGCCUCGGCACCACCACAGCCUGCUUCUAAGAACGGCAGAGGUGAACAAAAGAAGAAGGGCAAUAAGAAAAAGAAAGGCAGAGGGAGCGGUGAUGUUUUCAGGGUUCAGGGCAACACCAUCAAUGGAGGCAAAGCCGACAAGUGUGGAGUUUUCGGAUUUGGUAACAAGUAUGUUGGCCGCAAGAAACCAAAAGAAGACGAGUCCGAAGAAAGUGACUCCAGUGAUGAAGACGAAGAGUGAAACUUAUGCAUAUGUAUAUGGCAUGGUUUUAGGACCUUAAGUUAAAUAAAGCCUUGUUGUGCUGGCUGCCUCAACCUUAGAACUGGAUUAAUAAAAGGUCCCUAAAUAAAUCGUUAUGUUGGUCUCUUUCUUAUUUUAUACAUACGUAAUUACGUAUUAACAACAA